CCUCACUCACCCAUUGAGAUUUCUCUUGGUUUAAAACAACAUUCCAGCUGCCGACUUGCCGUGGCCUCGGGGUUUUCCUGGUCCAGACCCGAGGCAGGUGGUGACCUAGGAAUACUGUUUUUUAGGGUUUGAGUUUUUUGGUUUGUUUAUUUGGGUGUGGGGGGUUGUUUAUUACACAGGUAGAGCUGAUUAAUGAGGCCAUAAGAAUAACUCUUUUUUCUAGUAGGCAUUAUGGGAAUAACAUUUCCCUAUUUUUUCCAUCAUUUUCCUUGACAAAAAUCUGCAGCUCUAAUGCACAUUGAAUGCUCUUGGCAAGCGCUGCUGGAUCUGAUUGUCAUGUUGACUGUAACAUGUGAGAUGUGUUUUCUCCUCUCUAGAGACCUGGAUAUUUUUUUUUUUUUGCCAUUCUGAUGGUAAAUGAUGAGACAGGCAACCAUGGAUUUCAGCACUCCAUCUGUGUUUGAUCAGCAAAAAGGUGAUUCAUCUGAGGAAGUAGACCUGACCAUGGUGUAUCAGGCAGCCUCUAACGGAGACGUCAAUGCUCUAACUUCCGUGAUCCGAGAAGACCCUUCCAUCCUAGAAUGCUGUGACAGUGAAGGAUGCACACCACUGAUGCAUGCAGUUUCGGGACGUCAAGUGGACACAGUCAAGUUGCUGUUGAAGAUGGGGGCCAACAUUAACAUGCAGGACGCUUAUGGGCGCACUAGUCUAUGCCUGGCGACCUAUCUGGGCUGGUUGGAAGGCUGUGUGAGUCUGCUCAGAAAUGGAGCCAAACACAAUAUCCCAGACAAAAAUGGCCGCCUGCCUCUCCACGCUGCUACUGCUGAGCCCGAUGUGAGGCUCCUCACAGUCCUGGUGCAGCAGUCGAACCUCAGCGAGAUUAACCACCAGGACAAUGAGGGAAUGACGCCACUCCACUGGGCUGCUUUCCACAACCAGCCUCAACACACGCAAAUGCUGCUGAAGAAGGGGGCAGACCCCACCCUUGUGGAUAAAGACUUUAAAACGGCUCUCCACUGGGCAGUCCAGAGCGGAAAUCGAAUUCUGUGCUCCAUCAUACUGAACCACCACCAGGGCCCGUCCAUCAUCAACUAUGACGACGAGAGUGGCAAGACUUGCGUGCAUAUCGCCGCUGCUGCUGGUUUCAGCGACAUCAUUAAUGAAUUGGCAAAGGUCCCCGAGUGUAACCUGCAGGCUCUGGAUGUAGACGACAGGACCCCUCUGCACUGGGCUGCAGCUGCAGGAAAGGCCGACUGCGUGCAGUUGCUUCUGGAGCUGGGCAUGGACAGCAACCUGCGGGACAUCAAUGAGAGCACCCCGCUGGCCUACGCCCUGUACUGUGGCCACACGGCCUGCGUCAGGCUCCUCUCCCAGGAGACCAGAACAGAGCCUGCUGCACCCACUUCUUCCCAGAAUACUAAACCCCCAAAGAAAGAGGGACGCUUUAGCAUGCUCAACCAGAUCUUUGGCAAGAACAAGCAGAGAGCGCCCCAGAAGGAUCCCAGCGGGGACCCACCUAGUGGGGAGGACCCCUCGGAAGUCGAUGACAUCAUCACUUCCUUUGACAGCAUCGUGGACACCAACUGCCAGAAACAGCCUGGUGAGCAGGUGGCUAUGGUCGACUUUAAGAAGAGGAAUACAGAGAAUGCAAAGUAUCUUUUGCCAGAAAAGAAGCCUCUGGUCCGCAAGGGGCUUCCACCAAUCAGAACACAGAGUCUUCCCCCCAUUACGCUGGGCAAUAACUUCCUGACAGCCUCCCCAGGCGCCAUGUCCCAAGCUGGACUGAGUUCUACUCAUCACAGGGCCCAAAGAUCUCAGAAAAGUCGCAGUGAGCAGGAUUUACUGAAUAACAGAACUGGCUGCCAGGCACUGCUGGAAAACCCCUGGAGGGGUGAUGCCCACCAAAUGUUCUACAAAGCGUGGACGGUCUCUUCCUCUGAUAAGCUCCUAGAUAGAUUGCUUACCAGCAAAUUGGGCCACCAGCAGGUCUCAGGGCUGCCGCCUCUUCCUCAUCUGCACAAUCCUUUAUCAGCAUUUUCAACAUUUCUCCCCAAGCAGACCCAAAAUCAGGGAUCUUCCUUCCACGCGGAACAACUUAACUCCCCUACCAGACCAAAAAUUUCUGUCAGGAGAACCCCUACGUACAAACCGAGUACUUCCUGCUAUUCCAAGCCAACGGGGACACAGCACAGAAGCUGAAGAAGGUGAAAACUUUGCCAAUCCUGCCAAUGAUGAAAAUUAGCUGUGCGUUGCGGACUGCAAAAAUGGAGAUCAUAUAUGUGUAUCUAUAUGACAUAUAUACACAUAUAUAUGUAUACACACAUAUUUUUAUUUUAAUUGUCUGGAUGAGAUGAAUCCAGAUUGUAAGAACAGAGACUAAUUUAACAAAGCGCAUUCUAUAAGCCAUUCACAGUUUUAUAACAGAAAAUUCUCUAUUCAAAAUAAAGUUGUUUCCCAAAUAAGUGUUUAGAAUCUUUGACUGUGCAUACAAUAUGUAAAUGAGUUUCUGUGACCUCCAUAUACCAAAUCAAAUCUAAGUAUGAAGUCAGCAGGGAUACUAUGUUACAUAGUUCCCUUUGUUUUGCUGCAUGUUUGCUUUUUGCUUUUUUUUGUUUGUUAGUUCUUUUGUAACUUUAUGUUUAAAAUGUAUGCUUUUGCUGAAUAAAAAGCAAAAAA